UACUUUAUUUGCAGAUACAACCACAUGUAGGGAGCAGAACUCCUGGGAUUCUCCAGUGACACCCAGCAGCUCCCAGCCAUGCAGACGCAAGUUUCCCCUGGUGCCCUCCAGCCUCCAGCUCCCUGGAUCAGCCACUCAAUCAAGGUCGAAGAGUAUUACCAGGAGAAGGAAGCUCAGUCACAGUGGCUGAAGAGGAUCUUCGAGGAUAAGACUGCCAUCACCUCAGCCUUUGAAGCUAUGACCCUGAACACCAGCAGCGGGACCAGUAGCUUGGUGUUUGGCAGCACCACCUCAUCACCCUUCACGUCCGGCAUUUCAGCAGUCCCCUCUGGCAGUAGGGGCUUUGGGAUGAGCAUGACUGCCCCCCACAGCAGCUCCACCACUGGGGCGUUUGGCUUUCGUGCAGAGCAGAGUGUGAGAACUUCUGGCAAGAACUCUUUCUGGGGUGGCUUUCAUCAGAACUCCCUAGGUGCAGCUGGCCAGACCACCACCUUGGGCUUCAGAGCUAUGACCCAGACCACCGGCAGUGGGAGCAGUUGCUCAGUGUUUGGCACCACCUCAUUGCCCUUCAUGUCUGGCGCAGGCCCUGCUCACAGUGGGGGCUUUCGAAUGAGUGUGGCUGUCCCCCACAGCAGCUCCACCACUGGGGCGUUUGGAUUUGGGGAGGACAGACUGGGAGGACUGGUGGCAUGGCCCCUUUCUGGGGAGGCUUCUGUAAGAACUCCCUGGGUGCAGCUGGCCAGAACACACCGUUUGCCUUCCAUGUGGCCAGCACGCCUCAGAACACGUCUGUGUUUGCACGUCAUAUUUGGAAUCAGCUCGGUGCUGGAGUCCAGCUCCAGCUGA